UUGUGAAAUGUAGCGGUUGAACAUCCGGGUCUGUGGUCCAGUUUCAGUCACUGCCGUUAGCUUCCAGCCGUUAGCUGUGAAGGAAGAAAGAAAAGGCCGGUCAAAAUGCAAACGUCUCUGCUGAAUAUUGUUUUAUUUUCAUCCCUGCAGGUUUUGUUGUCUUUGUCGUGCUUUCAGGACGUUGUCGAAGCAGCGAGCGGAAGAGGGUUUGGAGAUAACAUCCACUGGAGGACGCUGGAUGAUGGCAAGAAAGAAGCAGAGGCCAGCGGGCUGCCAAUCAUGCUCAUCAUCCACAAGAGCUGGUGUGGAGCCUGCAAAGCACUGAAGCCCAAAUUUGCUGAGUCCAAGGAAAUCUCUGAGCUGGCACACAACUUUGUUAUGAUCAACCUGGAGGAUGAGGAGGAGCCGAAGGAUGAAGCCUUCAGCCCCGAUGGCGGAUACAUUCCUCGGAUUCUUUUCCUUGAUCCCAGCGGUAAAGUCCAUCCUGAAAUCACCAACAAGAACGGGAAUCCAAACUACAAGUACUUCUACAGCAACGCAGAACACGUGGUAUACGGUAUGAAGGAGGCGCAGGAGAAGCUGACGGGCGACGCCUUCAAGCACGGUCACACCGGAGACGAGCUGUGAGGAGGCGGAGACGUGCAUCAGGCUGUAAGGGCUACACUUCCUCUACCUGCGCCUGUGCUUCAGAGCGCCCCGUUACACUCCCAAACUCUCACGAAUUAUACUUCAGACAGUGAGGUCCGCCUCGCAGAACCAAGCCAACCACUGAAAUCGGUGCUUGAGUUUUUGUUUCUGUCCCGAACAGUUUUUGCCGGCACCGCGACUCGUUUUCCUGUCAUCGUCCGUUUUAAAAACAUGUAUAUUUGUAAUCUACUGUUAAUUAAACGCCAUGUACUGUACUUACUGUCUGUAGAGGAUAUAAACAACUCAAGAUAGCCAAGUUUACUAUUAUUAACGCUCACUUACAUACACUGUUGUUGGAUGGAAACUUCUGGAAAAUGCCAAAUUUUUAAGGGUAACUUAGGUACUUUUAAACGCGGACCUCAUGUUUUUAUGUUUUUGUUUCUAGGUGACUUCAGUUUUUGAAAUUUGUCCAGUAUCGACCUGCAGAGCUGCAG